CGCCUUUGGAGGAGACUCGUCGCCUUCCUCCUGGUGAAGUGAAGUGGAGCUCGGUUGUAACUCAAGCCGAGCGCCACCAUGCAGGGAAAUGUCGGCGUCUACGCGGUGAAGAGGAGGAAAAAGCCCAUUCAGAAGAAUUACGUUGCCGCGCCCCCGCCCGUGAAGACCAACCCGUCCAAGCGGCACCGGGACCGCCUCAACGUGGAGUUGGAGCGCCUGACAGGCCUGCUGCCUUUCUCCGAGGAGGUCCGCAACCGCCUGGACAAGUUGUCGGUGCUGCGGCUCAGCGUGGGAUAUCUCAAAGUCAAGAGUUACUUCCACGAGCAGCGCAGGAAAUGCGCGCCGCUCCAUCCCCCCGCCGGCGACGGGCAGUCGGCAUCGCUAGACGGUAUCAGCUUCUCUGAGGGUGAGCUGCUUCUCAAGUCGCUCAACGGCUUUGUCUUGGUGGUGACGGGCGAUGGCACCGUCUUCUACACGUCGCCCACCAUCCAGGACUUCCUUGGCUUCCAUCAGUCUGACGUGGUGCAGCAGAGCGUCUUUGACCUCAUCCAUAUCGACGACAGAGAAAUGUUCAACUGCCAGCUGAAGCUCGGCGUCCACUUUAGCGAGACCGGAGAGGACGCCGCGCCCAAGAACGGCUCGCUCAGUCUCAUGCCUGCGGAGAACAACUUCUUCUUGGAGAGGAGCUUUUGCUGUCGCCUGCGCUGCCUCCUGGACAACGCAUCGGGAUUCUUGGCUUUGAAAUUUACCGGGCAUCUGAAGUACCUGCGGGAGGAUGGCGGCCCCGAGGGGAACCCCUUGCUGGCCUUAUUUGCCAUCGCCACGCCCCUGCAGCCGCCGGCCGUCAUGGAGAUCCGCACCCGGACGCUCAUUUUCCAGACCAAACACCGGAUGGAUUUCGCCCCCCUGGCCAUGGACACCAGGGGCAAACUGGUGUUGGGUUACUCCGAGACGGAAUUGAUGACCCCGGGUUCCGGUUAUCACUUUGUGCACGGCGCCGACAUGAUGUACUGCGCCGAUAACCACCUCAGGAUGAUGAAAACGGGAGACAGCGGCUUCACUGUCUUCAGGCUGCUCACCAAGACGGGAAAGUGGUUGUGGGUGCAAGCCAACGCCCGGGUGGUCUUCAAAGACGGACGGCCCGACUUCAUCGUCGCCCGCCAGAAGCCGCUGACGAAUGAAGAGGGGGAGGAACACCUCCAGCAGAGAAGACAGCAACUGCCUUUCAACUUAGCCACGGGAGAAGGUGUCCUCUACGACCUUUCCCUGGAUGCCUUCACCGUCCCGGGCCCUCCUGACACCAAGGAGCCCCUGAGAGAAAGUCCCCUGGAUCCCAGCUCCAUCUUGGGGUCCUUACACCGCCAAGACCACUCGCUUUAUUUCCAGGAUCCCGCCCCCCAAUUCGACGCCUUUUCCCGCGUAGACGAACCGGAACCGGAUCAGCCUCUGGAGCGAAUCUUCUCGGACAGCCAUGCCCUGCUCAGCGUUCCGGGUCAGCUGGACGAGUCGUCCGGCUCCGGGGGACUAACCUCUCAUCCCAUGCUGCACUCGCUGGAGCAGAUCCUGGGAGACUUGGGUGAAGGUGGUCUGGACGGUUUGGAGGUCGAGCAGCGCGAGCUGAGGGACUGGGAGAACACGCUGCUCAGGAUGAAUCAAAACAGAGACUUGGAUCACAUCCUGGCCAACGACGUUUUCUCUUUUGUGGAGGAGGCUCUCGGGAUAAAGACCUCAGAGGGGGAACGAUCUCUCCAGCCUUCCCUCGAUGCACAGAAGCCGAUAGAGUGUGGACAAGAAGUUCUUUCCGGCGCUUUGUUUUCCACUGCGGGACUUUCUCCCAACUCUCCUCCGGGACACCGAACCGCGAGCGACGGUUCAUACCACCCCGAGAUUCCCACCCGCUCCUGCCGCUUUCAAACAACUUGCCAACCUUUACCGAUAACCUCCAACAUCGGCCUACAGGGGGCGCCCUCGAAUCUUUCCCAACAAACCGCGUGGCCUCAUCCCCCCCUCGUGGACACCACUGGCCCGCAGUUCUCCGGCAGCUGCAUGUACAAACACCUCGCAAACUCCGGGCCUCGUGUCCCCCAGGGGGCGCCGUGUCCGGGACUGGCCCACAUCAGUGAUCCAAACCCAGGCUUCGACCCGCCGCAAGCGGUCGGAGGAGCCUGGCCCCCGGCCGCAGCCACCGGGCAGACGCAGCUUUCCGCUUUUGGCGACAUGUCCGGGGCAGGCGCGUACCUACCGGAACAUCCUCCUGAAAACAGAGCUUUGCAGUCCACCUUCUUCUGCUGGAAAGGUCAAGCUCAGAUGCCCAAAGUUCCCCUGGACUCUUACGCCUUCCCGGUGCAACCACCCGGGAGUAUCAACCUGCCCCAAAACACCGGCCCCUAGCCACCGGGAGCCGAGCCGCCCGGAGAAGAAAAAAAAAAAAAAAGCCUUCUCAUUUCAAAGGGACUGAAUCGCUGCUGUGUUUUUAGCUUUUUUUCACAAAGCCGAUGUCUUGCAACCUGAAGAAAACCAUAAUUAGAGGCUAAGGACAUUUAUUUGUAAAUGCAGUGCAUCUAGAAAGUAUUCAGUGCUUCACUUUUCCCAUAUUGUUACGUCAGAGCCUUAUUCUCAUAAUGACAACAUAAAAUAAGAUAUCGCUUUUUUUAAAAAAAGAUAAAUUUGCAGAGAUGUAUUGAAAACACAUUGUUUUAACUUUUGAUAAAUUCUUAAAACAAACAACUUUUGGUAAGAUCCAAGGUCAAAACAGAAUCGAAAGAACAUAACAGACGUGGGGUCAAAGUCAAGUGCUGCAAAUAAAUUCUAGAUUCAUUUUUUCAAAAAUAUAUAUUUAUAUCCAAUAAUACAAUGCAACACAAGCAGAACUAAUAGAAGACAAUCUACAUUUUGCUUUCAAAGGAAAUUUUUGAGCCAAGUUAAGUUUGACCCUCAAAAGGUGGACAAACUUGCCAAUUACCUGGCAACAUUUAAAGAACUGCAAUCCAUAUAUUUAUUUGACUGAAAACUAACCUUGCAUUUAGAAGUCAUCGUAGCACUUUUCCACUAAAGAUCAUUAAAUGAUUCUCGAGCUCUUAGGAAUCGCUUGUAAAGCGUCCAUGUGCAUUCAGACUUGUACACGUGCAGAGAUGAUUGACAGUUUUCGGGCAGCUCAUCAUGCAAACGUCGACAAGACUCCUGCUUUGUAUUCUCACUUUUCUAUUAAAGACAACCAAGCGACUGGAA